CGGUCGCGAGCCGGCUGCCGUGGGGGGUCAUCGUCGUCUACGGCGCCGCAUCGGUCAUCACGCGAGUCGCCGAGACCACGGGCCUGGCCAAGGUGGCGUUCGACAACCAGUUCUGGAGCCAGCAGUCAGACCUGGUGAAGCAGGUGCUCCUCACCGUCGCCUCGUCGCUCAUGGCCGAGUUCAUGACCGCGGCCGCGCUGUGCAACGCCAUCUUGCCCAUCGUCAUCAACCUUUCCACGGACGCGGAGCACGACGCCCUCUACUUCGGUCUGCCGGUGGCGGUGGGCGCCUCGGUGAACACCAUCCUGCCGGUGUCCCUGCCGCUCGUCAUGCUCCACGAUAUGGCACCAGUCACACGCAAGCAGCUGAUCCUGACUGGCGCCUUCGUGAAGACCGUGGUCGUGGCCAGCAUCCUGCUCUCGAUGAACACCACGGGGGAAUACGUCUUGCACAGCACCAAGCAACUCAACAGCACCGACAGCAUCCAGCCGGCUUAUGUACGACAGUGAACACAGCCGUCCACAAAGGAACGAACGUGCACGCUCAACCUCCGGACAACAGAAGCGUGCCACUGGCUACGACUAACCAUCGGCACGAUGGUCGACUAAAUUUAUUCGUGUUUUCUCCGUAUAGUUGUGACAUAGCGUAAUUGUUUAGGACUCAGCCGUUGAAGAGCAGUUUAUAUGUAAGCGCACUCGAAAGCCACAUUUAGAGCCUCCUUUGCAACGCGAGCGGACCGUUUGAUGGGCUGUAAGGACUCCAAAUGCAUUUGUAAAGCAAUUUUGCGAUUUAAAAAAAAGAAAGGAAAAGAAGAAGUGUGCAUUUUUUAAACACCUGUGCUUUUUUUAACACCUCAAGGGGCAUGAGCUGCGACCUACGUUACGUGCACGCCAGCUGAUAGGAUGUUAAAGCAGAGUCGCACGACGAACUCCCAUGUUGCAAAUAGAGGACGGUCAAUGAUUGAUUGAUUGAUUGGGUACAAUGUUCUAAAACGACACCUGAGCAAUAUAAGAAGCGUCGUAGCGAAAUAUACUGAUGUAGAGACGUCGAUUCAGCCACCUGAAGAUCUUUAACAUGGCCUCCUCCACCCUUCACUAUAUUGCUAUAUACAGGGUGUCCCAGCUAAUUUUAGCCACGUUUAAAGAUUUAAGAGCCCUUCCACUACUGUGAAGAUGCAAGCCAGGGAAGCUGUGACUAUGGUGGGUAUUCUGUAGUAAAUAUUGCUAUAGUGAAUUUAUAUAUUAUAAUUAUUGACUAUACAGUAUUGAGCGUUUUCGGCAUGUUCGUCAAAGAGCAAGCAUACCGGCGUCUUGUUUUCGGCCGGCGCGAUCGCCAA